AUGGAGUGGGUCAAUGAGACAGUGGUGAGAGAGUUUGUCUUCCUGGGCUUCUCAUCUCUGGCCAGGCUGCAGCUGCUGCUCUUUGUCAUCUUCCUGCUUCUCUACCUGUUCACUCUGGGCACCAAUGCCAUCAUCAUCUCCACCAUUGUGCUGGACAGAGCCUUGCACACCCCCAUGUACUUCUUCCUCUCUGUGCUCUCCUGCUCGGAGACUUGCUACACCUUCGUCAUCGUACCCAAGAUGCUGGUGGACCUGCUGGCCCAGAGGAAGACCAUCUCCUUCCUGGGCUGUGCCAUCCAGAUGUUCACCUUCCUCUUUCUUGGCUGCUCCCACUCCUUCCUGCUGGUAGCCAUGGGCUAUGACCGCUACGUGGCCAUCUGCAACCCGCUGCGCUACACCGUGCUCAUGGGGCGUGGGGUGUGCGUGGGGCUAGUGGCCGCGGCCUGUGCCUGUGGCUUCACUGUGGCACAGGUCAUCACAUCCUUGGUAUUCCACCUGCCCUUCCACUCUUCUAAUCAACUCCAUCACUUCUUCUGUGACAUCUCCCCGGUCCUCAAGCUGGCCUCUCACCACACCCGCUCCGGUCAGAUGGCCAUCUUCAUGCUUUGUGCAUUGGUCCUCGUUAUCCCCCUGUUGUUGAUCUUGGUAUCCUACAUUCACAUCAUCUCAGCCAUCCUCCAGUUCCCUUCCACAUUGGGCAGGUACAAAGCAUUCUCCACAUGUGCUUCCCACCUCAUCAUUGUCACUGUCCACUACGGCUGUGCCUCCUUUAUCUAUUUGAGGCCUAAGUCCGACUCCUCCUCAAGCCAGGAUGCUCUGAUAUCGGUGUCCUACACUAUCCUAACCCCACUCUUCAACCCAAUGAUCUACAGCCUAAGGAAUAAAGAAUUCAAGUCAGCUCUUCGCAGAGUUGUAGGAAGAACCAUUUUUGUGCCACAACGUUAA